AUGUUCAGCCUCAGCACAAGACGGUCCGUCGUACGGCAGUCCAACCGUCUCGCGACGGCCAGCCCCGGCGCCAGCGCAAUUUUGCGAUCUCGAGUCGAGAACCCGUCACAGUCGCUGAUUUCAUGCCGGGACUUCCAAUCGACACCAUCAGCGGCUGCGUUUCGCCCGACGUGGAUGCCUAUGCGCGUCAAGACGCCGUGGGUCGAGGCUCUGAAUAAGAGUCGCGAGACCGCGCAGCAGGGCCAGACGGAGGCCCCUCGCGCAAAGGCGGAUUUGACUCCGAAAAAGAUGUCGGAUAGCUAUUAUAGUGCUAUUCUACCACUAGCCCAGGAUAAAUGGCUCUUGGAUACUUAUUUGAAUGCUUCGGGGCAUAUUAGACUUGGUUCGUUGCUCAUGGACCUUGAUGCCCUUUCCGGUGUUAUUGCCUACAGGCACACCGGGGACUCUGUUGCGACUGUCACUGCGGCUGUGGAUCGGAUCACAAUCGAGCACCCCUUGAUGGAGAUCUGUGAUCUUGAGCUGAGCGGCCAGGUUACAUACGCCACUGGGAGAUCGAGUAUGGAGGUUUCGCUCCAGGUCGCCAAGGUCCCAGUCGCUGGGGAGAAGGCCAAGCCUGAGGAUGUUUUGAUUACUUGCGCGUUUACUAUGGUCUCUCUUGACCCUAAGACGAAGACGCCGGCCGCUGUUGCACCUCUUUUGAUAGAAACCGAGGAAGAGCGCGAACUGUUCAAAAAGGGGGAGAAGAACUACCAGGCUAAGAAAGCGCUGAGAACGAGAAGUCUUCUAGAGAAAGCUCCGGAUGAUGAGGAAAGUAACCUCAUCCACGAUCUAUGGAAGAAAGAAAUGUCGUACCUUAGUAAGUCCUGUCUGGUCAAGUUUCUGCCUGAGAUCAACAACCAACCCAGUAUAGACCCAGAGUCGCCGGUCCAGAGACCCAACAACACUCUCUCCAUGAGUGAUACAGUCCUCAAAUCCGCCAUGAUCAUGCAGCCCCAGGACCGAAACCGUCAUAACUUCAUGAUCUUCGGUGGCUUCCUCCUCAAGCAGACCUUUGAGCUAGCCUUCUGCUGCGCAGCCUCCUUCUCCCAUGCCCGACCCAACUUUAUCUCCCUGGAUCCUAGCACAUUCGAGAACCCAGUACCGGUGGGAAGCGUUCUCUACCUGCGCGCUACCGUCGCCUAUACCGAACCUCUGGAGCGUGAAGAUGCCGAAAGCAAGUACACCAAGAUUCAGGUUCGCGUGGACACUAAAGUCCGGGACGUAGAGCACGGCACGAAGAAAUCAACGGGUAUGUUCAAUUAUACCUUCUUAGUUGAGGGCGAUGUCCACAUUAUGCCAAAGAGUUACGGCGAGUACAUGCUCUGGACGGAUGCUCGGAGACGCGCAAGGAACACGGAUUCCUUGACGCCAGUGAGGGAACGGAGUGCGCUCCGCAGUAUUGACAGUGUGACUGAGUAG